UAUACCAACAAAAUUGUAGCAAAACUUGCGUUAGAAAAUUCAAGAAAAUAUGCCACCACGCAGUUCAUAGUCUAUAUAACACCAGCUUCUAAUACACUUUUAUCGGCAAAGUCAUACAAACCCAUACCUUUUUGUAAUAAAAAAAAACAUUUCAUACAUUUUCUCUUUGCAAGAAUGGCUUCGAUCACAUUCUUGAUCCUAGCAAUUAUUUUGAGUUCUAGAACUUCAGGAGCCACUUCUCGUGGGGGACUCUUUGAAGCUUCUGCUGCCACGGAUAAACAUGAGCAAUGGAUGUCUCGUUUCCAUCGUGUUUACUCCGAUGAGUCUGAAAAAACAAAUAGGUUUGAGAUCUUUAAGAAGAACUUGGAGUUCGUCAAGAACUUCAACAUGAAUACAAACAUAACGUUCAAGUUGGAUGUCAACCAAUUCUCUGAUCUCACCGACGAGGAGUUUCGGGCGAGGUACAUGGGGCUAGUGGUGCCGGAAGGUAUGACCAGUAUAAAUUCAGAAAAAACGUUGUCAUAUAGAUAUGAAGAUGUCAGUGAAACCGGUGAAAGCAUGGAUUGGAGAGAGGAGGGGGCUGUUACAUCCAUUAAGUACCAAGGCCAAUGUGGAAGUUGUUGGGCUUUCUCGGCCGUGGCGGCUGUGGAAGGCAUAACAAAGAUUGCUAAAGGAGAGCUCAUAUCGCUUUCAGAGCAGCAACUUGUGGAUUGCAGCAGAGACUACAACAAAGGAUGCGGCGGAGGUAUUAUGUCGAAAGCUUUCGAGUACAUAAUCAACAAUCAAGGAAUCGCCACAGAAAAUAGCUAUCCCUACCAGGGAUCACAACAGACAUGUAGUUCAAACACCCAAUCAUCUGAUUACCUUGCUGCUACAAUCAGCGGAUACGAAACCAUUCCAAGUAAUGACGAGGAAUCAUUGCUAAAAGCUGUGUCGCAACAGCCUGUUUCCACGGUGAUAGAUGGGUCAGGGUAUGCGUUUAAGUACUACUCAGGUGGGGUGUUUGAUGGUGAAUGCGGGACGGAGAUGAGUCAUGCGGUUGCGAUUGUUGGUUACGGGAUAAGUGAAGAAGGGACUAAGUACUGGUUGGUGAAGAACUCAUGGGGAGAAUCUUGGGGAGAGAAUGGUUACAUGAGAAUCAAGAGAGACGUUGAUGCACCAGAAGGAAUGUGUGGUUUGGCCAGACUUGCUUUCUACCCACUUGCAUGAGUCGGCUUACUCAAGAGUAACUGAGAAACCCUUAUCCAAUAGUUUUAUGAAACUAUAUUCUCCUGUUUUCGUUGCAGUCAUAUGUAUUUGGACUUAAUGUCGGUGGAUGCAUUUUUUUAUGUUGGUGUGGUAUUUAUAAAGUUUGUAUGAGGAAAACAUUAUCAAUGAGUUACGACUAUUAACAAUGA